AUGAUGGAGGCCUUUUAUACAGAGUCCAGGCUGAGCGCGAAUGUCGAGAGGGACCUGGCAAAACUGUCGAAGAGGCUUGUCAACGUUCUCUAA